GCCCUCUUUUCACCGGUGAUAUGGCCGUGCUCAAAAUGAAAUACAGUACAGUAUUCACAUUCAAAAGGGAGUGAGAUCGCGCCUGCCACCACUUCAAGUGUCUCUGAUUAACCAACAACAACAUUUAGCUUUUCCACAGAUCAGGCUUUUUAUUACUUGUUUUUAGGGGAGGCUUAGGGGUGUUUUAGCAUAAAAACCUCAAGGUUUUUAUGCUAAAACUGACUGGUGUGAGGAACUGUUUGUAAUUACCUCAACCUUAACUACGUCCGUUAGGCAGCGCUACUGCACUGGUUUGCCAUCAUCCGGAUAAAUGACAAAAGAAGGCGAAGAAGACAGAGGAGGCGUUUAGCAUCAAGCUAGCAGGCCGUUGUCAGCCGUGAGCAGAAGCAAACCAGCAUCUUCAUCAAUGGUGUGUCCACAUACAGCAGCCGUCACAUUGUCCUGCGCGUGCUCAAUGAACUGUCUCCUCAGCUCACAUCACAGCUGCUCGUGUAUGGCAGUUGCAAGGCGCGAAAGGGAGUUCUGCCAAGCCCAGCACCUACUGCUAAUUGUGGACAAGUGAACCACAGACACUAGAAAGACAAAAGCACUGGCAUUCACACACAUAUACCCACGAGUCUUCCCUGCCACCCUGUUUAACCACGUGAAGGAAUCUUGGUGAACAGCAGAGGCUUUGAUUAUUUGUGGUCUCAACAUCUCCACUUUUCCUCUCAUCGCUUGAUUUGAUUUACUUCUCUGGAUGGGUUGACAUUUUCCAAAGGAAGCCUGGAUUGAUCUGAUUUUAUUUGCUCUGUUUUCCCAUUUCACUCCAAAGAUUUUCUCUCCCAUUCACAAAACGUCUGCUAUUUUUCAUUAAGUAGCAAACUUCAGUGGGUGUAAAAAUGAACCGACUUGCGCCAGUGGAAAUCUCUUAUGACUCUCUAAGGUUCCUCAUCACACACAACCCCACUAAUGCACAACUUGGAAGGUUUAUUGAGGACCUAAAAGCAUACAGAGCUAACACCCUGGUAAGAGUGUGUGCUGCCACUUAUGACAAGGCACCAGUGGAACAAGAAGGCAUUCGUGUCCUGGAUAUGCCAUUUGAAGAUGGCUCUGCCCCUCCCGAUCAAGUGGUUGAAAGUUGGCUGAGUCUUUUGGAGACAAAGUUCCGAGACGAGCCCGGCAGCUGUGUGGCUGUGCAUUGUGUUGCUGGAUUGGGAAGAGCUCCAGUUCUAGUAGCCCUUGCUUUGAUCGAGUGUGGGAUGGCGUAUGAAGAUGCUGUUCACUUCAUAAGACUGAAGCGUCGUGGAGCAUUCAACUCAAAGCAGCUGCUUUUCUUGGAAAACUACAAACCAAAACUGUGCUUGCGCUCCAAAGAUGCGAACAGACAGAGUUGCGCAGUACAAUAGGAAUCAGCAAGCACAGCUUACCCUCUAAAUCUUCGCUGUAGUUUCAUCAAUGGUUCAUGUACAUUUUGAUGUUAUUUCUUAGAUUAGUUCAAAAUGUUUCAUCCAUUUAAGAUUAUCCAAGCGGCAAAUUCCACUUUUGUAGGUGCUAGAAGACUUCUUGCCUCUCACCAAUGGGACUUGACGUUCUGUUGACUAUUUCAAAUCCAAACCGCACGUUCUCCCCUUUGAAGUUAUCCCUCUGGACUCUUAACGGGCACUUUUCCAGCCUUCUCUGUGACAACAUCAUGUACUCUCCUGAAAGGAUUCUUCAGGGAUCCUUCACAGGGCUGCACUAGGAGUAAUUUUGAUGUUGGCCACAUCUUCAAAACAAGUCUCCUUGAUGACUCCCUUGAGCUCGGGAAAGAGAAAAAAAAAUCACACAGAGCAGAGUCAGUUCAAUAAGGAGCGGCACAACAAUGUUAUUCUCGGCCUGGAAAUGUCGGAAGAUGAGGGCAUUUUGAGGGGCUGCGUUGUCAGGGUGAAGCAGCAACAAGUUCCUGCGCAUGGAAUGAAGCAAACGCCCUGUGGCAUGAAAAGGCAGAAUAUGAUGGACGGCUAUCAAAUUGAAGAAUUCAAUGAACAUGACUUUGGAAUCCGACUGUAUUACUUUCUUAGGCCAUGCCGAUGUUGGACUCUUCCACUGAAGGCUCUGAUGGCCUUUGGCCUCAAGAGUUAUACUUAAAGAUCUCCCUCCCGAGUCUCAUCUAGUCUCUUUGGUCUCGUCACUCACUCUGCUAUUUGCUUGAUGACGUGCCGCAGAGGAGAUGUAUUUAAAUGCACUCGGGGAGAAAAAUUCAAUGGUUUCGGAGAGCCGAGGUAAAACAGGGUGAGCCUAAAGUCGAUGUACUGUACAUUUGACAUAAUAAUCUGGUGUUUGUGGUCUGAGGUUGGGACAAAAAGUGGAGAAAUAUAGCCCAAAUACUGUAACGUUAUGCAGCAGGCUUUAAAAUUGGCUCCUAUUUUAUUUUGCUGUUUUUAAGAGAGACCAAACUUUGAGUUAAGACCAAGUUAGAGGCUUGUUUUGGUAUUUUUUCUCUCUCCACAUUUUAAAGCGAGACAAAUAUUUGAAAUGGCAUUGAUUUUAAUGUAAGAAAUUAGAAGUUAAGAAGACCCUCAGUGAAUGACAAGCUUGCAAAUGGUUGUGGUUCUGAUAUCAUUAAUAACUUUGAUGUGUUUUGCAUCCAAUUAAAAAUACUCUUCAUUCGACAUCUGUCUUUGGUUAGCGCGCAACAAAAAAAUUACCGUACAUGUGGGACGAUGAAGAGAAGUUUAUUUUUUCUCCAAAAUUUGUAAUUCCACUUCUCACUCAACAUUCACAUUAAUAUUUUUAAAUAAUUAUUUUGUUGUUUAGUAGGUACAGUCAUUCCAAUGUCAACUCUUUGACUGUCCAGGAUGUAGCACUGAUAACGCUUUAAAAAAAAAAGAUCAAUUUCCAAAUGUAUGUCAGUUUUAGGCAAACGUUGCUGUAUUAUACAAUUCAAAUGUACCGACUGUUUGUCCCAAUGCUAGUAUUUCUUUGUAGAAGAACCUUGUAUUGCAAUGUUUUGCCAGUGGUAGCCAAGUUUUAUGUGACAAUUCAUGUGUGGGACGAAUAAAGGAUAUCUUAUCUUAUUCAAAUUAGUUUCAUCUAAAGUGCCAUCAAAACGUAUUUGCCAGUGUCCUAAUUUGUUUAGUUUUAUCAAUGUUCAUCACAAGUGUUGAAAAUAAUUAAACCAAGACACAGAAGGCCAGACAGGUUGGGAUUUCCCCCCUGAAGAAAUAAAAUAAUACCGAUCAUUUUUGUGCAUUUUGCAUUUUGUGUUCUCAGUGAUUGCCUUUGUGAGAUAUUAUAAUUGGCUAGUUGAUAGUGUAACAUGAGUCCUGUCAAAUACAAAUGCCAAACAACUAAGAAAUCAGGAAAUACUUUUGACAUGGCACAGCAUUUAGUAGAUUGUCGUAGCUAUGACAAGAAAUCAUAACAGCAUCAUCUUCCUUGUUUCCUGCCCGUUUUGCUCUACGUCUUGCUCUUUAUGAUACUGUGUUCUGGUAACACGAUGUGUGGUAUUGGGCCACUAUUAUCCAUGCUAAAUGUUAAUGGUCCAUAAUGUGCGUAAUGAUCCUGGGUGCACUGUGAUAUGUUUGCUGGGCUACGUGCAACCACAUGAGCACACGUAUCAAAGAUGGCAACAGUAUGCAAACAUUGUUACAAACAUAGAGCACAACUUUUGCCCAAAAUGCCAGAAUUCCUUCUUUUGUGGCACUCUUCUGUAGUUUGUAUUUGGUCCGAUCGUUAAUGUUUUUGCUGAUCCUUGAUUUCCUGUUAUUGACUCAUUUCACGGUUUCUUUGUGAAAUGCCUACUCACAGUAAAUGUGUUCAGUAGC